GCUUUGUAUUAUCUCUCGAGCUCUAGAGUUCAGUAAGUAGUUUUAAGUAAUUAGAUACAAAUAUUCUACAAAGGCUUUUUUGUUCACUAGUGAGGAGUUUCCGGUCUAUAGGGGUCUACAAAGUUCAUUGUCUCAGAGAUUUGUUGCUUUAUCGACAAUACUAUAUCAGAUUUAAAAAUCUUGGCCAGUCGAUUCAUCUCCGAUCUUACACAAACAAAUAGGGUAGCAAACUUUAGACUAUAAUUUCCACAUACUACUUGUCGAGUGGGCCUCGUAAUGCAGAAUGUAUUUCGUGUCGUCGCGGAUGACAGCUUUGUCUCUUCCGCUUCAUGGAAUUUGCUCUGCAUAAAGUCCUAGCAUACAUUUGAUACACAAGCAUGCUGCUGGGAAUGUUUAAAAAGAUUUUCAUUUUGAUGCAGCAUAUAUCAGGCCAUAGCUUACAUCAUCUUGACAUCAUGACUCUUGAUCUUUAGUUGACAAAACAAACAUGAACAAAAGAAUUGAAAACUAGGCUACGGGAAACAGAGAAUACUUUUCCCCCUGUAGAGCCAAGUCUUCAGUCUAGUCAGUUGUUUUGUGUGAGACCAUUUAACAAAAAAUACCGAAUUCUUACACUGUUACAUGAGCUUGAGAAAGACGAUCAAUCGAGUUCAGUGUCUCUAUGGGUUGGCCAUCAUUUCUGAAUACAUGUGUUUUGACAUUUCUGUAAUUUAGUCAUCACUUUUUGUGAAACCAUAGAAGUCUUUGAAUACAAUGAUUUCUCAUUUCAAGAUGUUUAGUGGAUGGAUACUCUUACACUGUAGGGAUGCUAGUAUGUGCGGUGAGUAUUGUAAAGUCUUGUGAAUAUCACUUUAAUAGGAGGACACAGUUUUGAAAAUUAAAAUAGUAAUCCAGGAUUGCUACAUGGAGGGGUUCAGAUGCUAAUCAUGGUUGUGUUGAGUUUCAUGAAGAAAAGAGUGCAAUUAAGACCUGACCUAUGGAAUGGUCGACCUGGAUUACCCAUACCAGUCAACUUCCUGGGAAAAGAGAGGAACAGGUUGAUUAUUGUACUUGCUUUUGGUGCUACAACAUCUUCAUUUUUCGUAAUAUUUUACGAAUCCUUUUUGAAUAUAAGUGAUUUCGCUAUCGUCAAGAAUAUUCCAAAUACUCCGUACGGAAAAGCUUUUAAAGGGGUUUUAGCGACUACAAUAUAUGGAAUCAUCAACUAUCCAUAUUUUGCCUGUCUUAACGCCGAGUACAGUUUGAUUGGUUACAUCAUGGGUCUUCUUUACACCUUAAUUAGGUGCACUGUUCACUUGGUGAUUUACUUGGGCUGCUCAUUGCAAACUCAACAAGAUGUAAGUAUGUACACCACUAGUCGCACACUAUAGUGAUCCGCUUGUCGUGGUUCGCGAUGCUUUUCUCGUGUUCUCCAAACAUAGACCAGCGCCGAAAUACGCCCCGGAACACCCCGGAACGUGUUCGGAAUAUCCCGGAACGUGCUCGGAACGUGCAUACUGUUCCGUCAGUGUUCUGUCUUUGCAUUCACACCAAAUAUCCUGCAUGGCUUGAUAUGUUAUGGUGUCGGAAAAAACCGUCGGAUAUUCUCAAGUUGAAUAGAUCUAAAUAUUAC